CUUGCGCAGCGUGUUUUGCCCGUAGGAAAAAUGGCCGCAGAGCCUUCGGGCCCCCAGUGGCAGCGCAGGGCGCGUUUUCUUAAGCAGGGCCUGGGAAGACAGGAAAAAGUGUAGAGUUCGUGAGUAUUGAUUGGCUGAAGCACGAAGCGUUCUGGACGCUGAUUGGCUCCGUCCUUCGCGGGAAGGAGUUUGUGGCACCCGCGGGAAGUAGGUGUAGCACUGCGGGCGAAAGGGGGUUCUGAGGAUCCCGGCCGACCCACCAGACUGGAGUCUUCUGGGCCUCUCUCCUGAGGGGAUCGUGACCAAGAUGUGGUUUGGCGGAUCUGAAAGCUAUGGCACUUCCUUUGGCGGAGUCGGCGGCGGCUACACACAGUCCCCGGGGGGCUUCGGAAUGCCGACACCUUCCCAGGCUGAAAAGAAAUCAAGAGCCCGAGCCCAGCACAUUGUACCCUGUACCAUAUCUCAGCUGCUUUCUGCCACCCUGGUCGAUGAAGUGUUCAGAAUUGGGAAGGUUGAGAUUUCACAGGUCACUAUUGUGGGUAUCAUCAGACAUGCAGAGAAGGCUCCAACCAACAUUGUUUACAAAGUAGAUGACAUGACAGCUGCACCCAUGGAUGUUCGCCAGUGGGUUGACACAGAUGAUGCCAGCAGUGAAAACACUGUGGUUCCUCCAGAAACGUAUGUAAAAGUGGCUGGCCAUCUGAGAUCUUUUCAGAACAAAAAAAGCCUGGUAGCCUUUAAGAUCAUGCCUCUGGAGGACAUGAAUGAAUUCACCACACAUAUUCUGGAAGUAGUCAACGCACACAUGAUCCUGAGCAAAGCUAACAGCCAGCCCUUAGCAGGGAGAGCAACUAUCAGCAAUCCAGGAAUGGGUGAAGCAGGGAACUUUGGUGGGAAUAGCGCCAUACCAGCAAAUGGCCUCACUGUGGCCCAAAACCAGGUGCUGAGUUUGAUUAAGGCUUGUCCAAGACCAGAAGGAUUAAACUUUCAGGAUCUCAAGAACCAGCUCCAGCACAUGUCUGUAGCCUCAAUAAAGCAAGCUGUAGAUUUUCUUAGCAACGAGGGACACAUCUAUUCCACUGUGGACGACGAUCAUUUUAAAUCCACAGAUGCAGAGUAACUGGGUCUAAUUGAGUACCCGAGCUCCAUUUUGGGCAACUGACAGAAUGUAAACCUGGGUGGACUUUCUUAAAGAAGUUACAAGCUUGUAAACAAGCCGCUUACAACAUCAGCACAAAUGGAAGUGGAAGAGAGAUGCUACCAAGAGAGUUGGGCAGCAUUAGUCAAGUUAUACCCGGGAGUUUCCACUCCUAACAUGUUUCCUGUUGGAAGAAGAUGAGCAGGACCCAGGGCCUUCAGCGGGGAGCGAGCCAAGAAACCCCCUAAUCUCUGCCUGCUUUUGUUCCCCCCCUUUGGUUAUAGGGUGUUAUUUUUCAGAAUUGCACUCUCCUUCACCUCGUCAUGGCUGCUGCCGAAAGUGUGUUGUUACGGUCUAGAGUGGUGGCCUCAUGAGGGCAGGAGAGAGCAAGAGAUGUCACUUCGAUUUCAUACAAAAUAAGUGCCCCCAUAUGUCUAAUAAAAUAGUUCUAUUGCAGAA